AGACCUGAGGAAUACAGCAGGUUUGAGGCUAAGAUCCACGACCUGAGAGAACAGAUGAUGAACAGUAGCAUGAGCUCUGGGACCCUCCGAGCCAACAGGACCUUCUAUGUCAGGGCCCUGUUUGACUAUGAUAAAACAGCAGACUGUGGGCUGUUGAGCCAGGCAUUGGGCUUUAACUUCGGGGAGGUGCUCCAUGUGACUGACUGUAGUGAUGAAGAAUGGUGGACUGCUAGGAGACUGGGACAACAGGGACAACUGGAGGAACUAGGGUAUAUACCCAGCAAACACAGGGUGGAGAGGAAGGAGUGGUCUCGUAUGAAGAAUAAGGACCGCAGCAGCUUUGUUCAGAGCUAUGAAACUGUUACACAGAUAGAAGUCCACUAUGUGAGGCCUAUCAUUAUAUUGGGUCCUACUAAAGACAGAGUGAAUGAUGAUCUUCUCUCUGAGUUUCCUGACAAGUUUGGUUCCUGUGUUCCACACACGACACGGCCCCAGAGGGAGUAUGAGGUGGAUGGGCGGGACUACCACUUUGUGUCGUCAAGGGAACAGAUGGAGAAGGACAUCCAAUCACAUCACUUCAUAGAGGCGGGUCAAUACAACAGUCACCUGUAUGGAACCAGCGUUCAGAGUGUCCGCAUGGUCGCAGAGCAGAUGGGGAAACACUGUAUCUUAGAUGUAUCAGCUAAUGCAGUGAGGAGACUACAGGCAGCUCAGCUUCAUCCUAUUGCUGUCUUCAUCAGACCAAGAUCACUGGAAAAUAUACUUGACCUGAACAAGCGUCUGACAGAGGACCAGGCCAGGAAGGCUCUGGACAGAGCUGUCAAACUCGAACAAGACUUUAUAGAAUGCUUCUCAGCUAUUGUGGAAGGGGAGAGUUUUGAAGAGGUUUAUCACAUGGUGAAGACUGUGAUCGAAGAGCAGAGUGGACCCUACAUAUGGAUACAAUCAAGAGAAAGACUAUAAAAGAGAGGAGCAGAGGAGAGGAGAGGAGCCUAUAUAUGGACACCAUCUUGGGAAACACUAUAGAGGAGAUUAGAGGAGAGUUGAGGAGAUGAGAAGAGAGGAGAGGAGAGAGGAGGAGAGAAGAGAGAGAGUUGAGGAGAUUAGGAGAGAAGAGUUGAGAGGAGAGUUGAGUUGAGGAGAGAAGAGGAAAAGAGAGAG